AUGGCUCUUCCUCUGUACGUGCACAAGGGUGAGGUCAUGGAGUGUUACAUAAUUGCCAUUUUGUGCAAUGGGCGGCGCACGUCGGUUCGCGGAUGUCGCAGUAGCAGUAGCAAGAGCCUCGAGCGGUCGGGCAGCGAUUGCAGUGGAGUUGAAGGGGGACGCCCAAUGUACGUGGGUCCGCCCGAGUUUGUGUCGAUGGCGGCGCUGUGGUGA